AACAGAAAUAAAUGUCUUUGUAUGCAAUAUAUACAUAUAGAAAGAUACAUUUACAUAUAAAUAGGAAUGUAUUUACAUAAAUUUAAUUUUUAUAUGAAUAUACAAAUAGAGGAUUUAUUUUAAUAUAAAAAGCAGGGGAAUGUUGGGAGCUGCUGGAUUUUACUUAAUUGCCCUGCUAGAUUUUAAUUAAUUGCCCUGCUGGAUUUUAAUUGCCUUUCCUGACUUAAAUUCCCGUCCCUGAUUUUAAUGCCACGGAAAAAUGUGGAAGAGCUCAGAGAGCCUGGGAAGGGCACCUUCGUGCCAGGAUUUGGUCCCAAACAUUUGGCAAAUAUUUCCAAAAGAAAACAAAUCCCAAACAUCUGGAAAGCCCCAAAUCCCUAAAACACAGCCUGGGUGCCCUUGGAAUCACACCACAACAGGAAUGUGCUCCAGAGGGACCUGGGCUGGCCUGGGUGCUGGGAUGGACAAAUCCCUGUAUGGGAUUCCUGGGAAUUCCCAGCAGGGGAAAAGAGCAGCUGCCCAAAAGCCCUGGGAGUGGGCACAGGGAGAGGGAGAGGAGCAGCUGGGGGAGGCUGCAGCCAAACAAGGCAGCACCAGGAAUCCCAGUAUCAACACCAGCACCACCAGUACCAGCAGUGCAGCCAGAACCAGCAGCACCAGCACCAGAAAACCCAGUACAGCCAGAACCAGCACAACCAGAACCAGAAAACCCAGUACAGCCAGAACCAGCACCAGCAAACCCAAUACAGCCAGAUCCAACAAACCCAGUACAACCCGAACCAGCACCAGCAAGCCCAGUACAGCCAGAACCAGCAGUACCAGUAAAACCAGCCCCAGCAGCCACCCAGUCACUGCUGACUCAUUUUUGGCCGGAGCUCCGGGCGCUGCUCCGUGGGGUUUUCCCUUCCUCCUCUGCCACCAAAUUACCCAGCCCCCCAUGACGUGGGGCUGCAGUUCCAGGAACUGCUCAGCUCCCCAAACCCCAGUUUCCAGACCGAGCCGGGAGCUGCUGGUGCUGCUGGGAGUGCUGGUGGCACCCACAGCCUCGCGCCGGCAGCGGGACACGGAUCAGGCGCCCGGGAUUGCCAGGCUGGUCCCCUCAGCUCGGCACCCUGCACCCCACGAAACUCAUCCUGAAGCCAUUGCCUGCCCUUCCCAUGGAGACAUUUAUCCAUCCCAUGGAGACAUUUAUCCAUCCCACGGAGAUAUUUAUCCAUCCCAUGAGGCACUCACCGGAUCCACGGCUCCUUCCCCACAUCCUCCAGAGCGUCUGAGAUGGGGAGAGGGAACAUCCAGGACUGGAAACAGGGAAUCACCUACGGAGGAAGCAGCACUGGGAAUGCUGGAAGCAGGAGAAGAGUGGGAUUUCUGCCCCUUUGCUCCCAGGUUUAUGCCGAGGCAGCUCGGAUGCAGAGGGUUUGGCACUGAGUGCUCCAUGGCCGUGCCAUGGUCCAGCUGAGCAUUCCAACCUCAAUCCCUGUCUUCAGGACCUGCUGGUGGCUUUAACCCUUCCAGCACCAUCACUGCAGCACAAGGAAAAACCCAGCAGAGCCUGAGGGAGCUGACAUGGGAUGAGCGACGGCCUGGCUCAGCUGAAGGAGGAAAACCACCCAAAACCAUCCCUUUUUUUGUCCUCAUCUGUGCCUUUCACCCAUUUCUCAUCCAGCUCCCUUGGCUGAGACUCCAGGGAUCACAAACCUCCAAAUGAACCCAGGAACUGUGGAAUUCUGGAGGCGUCAGAGCACCACACUGGCUACAGUGGCACCAAAUGCCUGGCUACUCCCCCCAAAAAACUGGGAGAGGGAUGCUGCUCUUUGGCCAGUGCUUCCCACCGACAUCCCUGGAGCUCCUCCCAGCACAGCACAGGCUGGUGGGAAAUGCCCUUUCUGGAAAAAAUCACACCACGAGCAUCCUAUGGGAAGGAGGAACAUGAGGAUUGGGAGUAUUUUCCACUGUGGUGGGAAAACACUCAGCCUGCUCCCUUUCCACCUUUAUUUCCACCCCCAAUAUUGCAACAAAACAGGAAAAUGUGCUGGAAGUCAUCAACAUCGCCCUGGAAAAUGCCAAAUUGCCAGCCCAGCUUCCAGAUCCAACUCUCCAGAAACCCCUGGAGCGGCUGUGACCUUUAGGGAACGCCAGAAUCAUCGCCAAAAAUCCCAUUUUCCUUUUAUAAAGAAAGGGGUGGAGACUGCUCCCGCUGGAUAUUCCCAGUGGGAUGGAGCUGCUGCAGGACUCAGAUCCCCAAGAAUCAUGUCACACCGCUGCCUGCAUCACCUGUGGGGUUCAGCCACAUCCACCUGGGCAACGCAACGCCCCGAAGGAUCCCUCGGGAUGGCUGGAAUCCCACGGGAUCCGGCUGCUUUGCCGGGCAUGCCGGCACCUGCCUUCCCGCAGAGCGAACAAACAAGUUGCUAAGUCACAGCAAAACCAUGAAAGCAAAACCACAGAGCCCCAGAGCGCCUCUGAGUCACUCCCCGGCCGCCGCCACGGCCCCACAGCCCUCCCAAAAUUCGCCGCCACCUGCAGCUGCUGAUCCCUGCUCCAAGGGGCUGCUCCAGAGGCGCUGGGAAGCGCUUCCCAGCAGGGAAAGCCUCUCUGAGAGUGCACAGGAUGGAUGGAGGAGCCGAGGUGAGGCCCAAACCAAGCUGGCAGCCCCCACUCAUCCCUUCUCUCCUGUGAGAUGAGAUUUUAAGAAAUCCUCACCUGGAUUUUGUGUGGUUAUCGAGCGGUGCCGAACAGCGGCAGGGCCGGGGCUGGAGCCGAGCCCCGGGCUCCGAGCGCUCCCGGGAUUAGUCACCGGUGGCAGCGGCGCGGCUGACAUGACUCACGGAGGUUUGGCCGCCCAGUAAACCCGGGAUUUUCGGGUUCCCGGCUCUGGGGUUGUCCUGGGGACACCUUUCGGUAACCGGGGCCCGGUUCUCAGCCGCCGCCCGGCGCCGCUGCUUUGCCGUGGGAUUCCCGGCAGCUGGAAUGGCGGGAUCGGCCCCAAACAGCCGUGUCCCGUUUGUGCCUGACUGGGAAUUGCCAUGGAAGCAUGGGAUGCAGCCGGGUGACGGCGGGCCCGGUGGCGAGGCCGACAGAGGUCACUGUUGCCGA